AUGCCGUCAAUGAAGCCAAGGCGGAAUGCUUGGCACAAAUGCAGCGGGAGCAGGCAACAGCGGCGGAGGCGCGGGUCCCUUGCCCGAUACGACGUCGGAUGUUUGUCCCCCCGCGAGCACGACGUAGCGCACGAACGUCUGUUCGCAGAUUAUUUUGCCGAGAAUCCAAGGUGGGGCCCGAAUGUUUUUCACCGCCGCUUUAGAAUGAGCCGAGAUCUUUUUCUUCGUAUUGUGCACACGUUGGAGGGCCGUGAUGAGUACUUCCAGUAUCGGGAAGACGGGAUCGGCAGACCCGGACUUACGGCGUUGCAGAAGUGCACGGUUGCGAGCCGCCAGUUGGCCUAUGGCUCAACAGCGGAUAUGUUCGACGAGUACCUUCACGUCGAGGAUACAACUGGCCGCGAAUGUCUGAAGAAAUUUUGUAAGUUAGUUGUGGAGGCUUUUGGCGACACAUAUUUGCGACGCCCGACUGCUGACGAUUGCCAGAGCCUGGUGCGGAUGCACGAGACGGUGCACGGCUUCCCUGGGAUGCUAGGGAGCAUCAACUCCGGGUCAAACAACGACAUCAACGUCCUCAACUCGUCCACCCUAUUCGUCGAUCAGUGCAUGGGUCGCGGUCCGGCCAUUCAGUUCAUCGCCAACGGCCGCACACAUCAUAUGGGACCGAACCCUAACCAGGAGUCCGCGCGGAAGGAUGUGGAGCGGGCUUUUGGGGUGCUCCAAUCGCGGUGGGUGAUCGUGAAAGGUCCGGCGCGUUUCUGGUACAAGGAAGUCAUCGCCGACGUCAUGUAUGCGUGCAUCAUCAUGCAUAACAUGAUAGUCGAACAAGAACGUGGACAUGUCACCAAUUGGGUGGAUGAUGAAGCCGGAUCUAGCUCCAGCACGACGAACGCGCCCUGUCGCUCGAGGAUUACCGACUGGCUUCGGUGCGGUUCUACAGCGACAGGAGUCAAUGCGCAGCCAACAAGACCAUACUCAGCUCAUGACCGACAUGGUUAG